UUGAAUACUUCACCUCAGAGAGAAAAAAAAGAGAGAGAGAGAGAGAGAAAGAGAGACAGAGAGAUCCAAAAGAUCCCACUAGCACACGAACAAAUUCCACAGGUUUGAUGUUUUGCAGCCCAUUUGGGCCGCUCCUCCACCACCGCCCGGCCCUCAUGGCUCACGGCCAGGUGCGACGCUGACCACCGGCUUCGUGCGGGAAGGUCAAGAGGUUUUGUCGCCCAAGGAGAUUCUGAAGAACUACCUGAAGACGUGGUUUUUAAUCGACGUGCUGACCUUGGGUCCUGACUGGACCUUGGAGAUCAUGGCCUAUGCCACGGCAGCCAGCGGGACAAGCUCUGAUGGGAGUGUGGGCACCUCGGGCAGUGAGUCCAUGCGCUUGCUGCGGGUCUUCCGGGUGGUGCGCGUGGCACGGCUGCUGCGUUUGCUGAAAGUGAAGUGGCUUCUGGAGACCAUAGGCGAUGCCAUCCCCAUGUCGGACUACACCAGUAUCGUCGCGAGAGUCGCACAGAUGAUGGCCAUUUUGCUGUACUUGAACCACGUGAUUGCGUGUGUGUUCUUUGCCACCACGACCUUGGGUUCCUACAAGACCUCCUGGACCGAUCGCUAUGUGGAGCCUGGCAGUGAUUGGCGUGAUGCCUACAUGGUCGCUUUGCACUGGUCCUUGACGCAGUUCACCCCUGCAGCGAUGGAUGUUCAACCGCAGAACCCCUUGGAACGUGCUUAUACCAUCAGCGUGGUGAUCUUUGCCUUGGUUGGCUUCUCCUACGUGGUGGGCGACAUUAGCUCCUGCCUCACUCAGCUGCGAAAUAUGUCGGAGACCUCUUCGAAGGAGUUCCGGAAGCUGCGGAACUUCAUGCGGAUGCACAAUGUCCCUCGGCAGCUGGCGCUGAGGGUGACGAAGUUUGCAGAGCAUGCCUACAGCAAGCAGCGGGAGGCGAUGCCCAUGAGCAAGGUGACCUUGUUAAACUUGGUCUCGGAACAGCUCUUAGGGGAACUCGCCUUUGAGAUGAACAAGCCCUUCUUGAUCAUCCACCCUCUCUUUGAGAACAUGGAGGCCUAUGCCACCAUCCUCUUACAGCGGCUCUGCACUAAGGCCUUGGUCACCAAGCAAUUGGCGCACAAUGACUUCCUCUUCGUCUCCGGGAAACAGGCGGAAGCCAUGUAUUUCCUCUCAUCGGGUCAGCUCCUGUACAAGAAGAGCAUGUCCGAAGAAGAUAAGGAGUACGUCCAGGCGAACCUCGACUGGGUCACCGAACCAGCGCUGUGGCUUUCCAACUGGGAACACCUAGGCACGGCGGAGGCCCUGGGGGAGUCGGUGUUGAUCAGCAUCAACGCGGAGACCUUCAAGAAGGUAGUGGCCCAUUCGAACCCCGCAUACAUCCGAGUGAUUCAGAUCUAUGCUCGUCGUUUCCUGGUCUGGAUCAACGAAGUGCCACUGCACGAGCUCUCGGACGUCUUCCAGAAAGAGCUCAUCGAACCUCAGAUCCGCUCCUUUGUGCCCGAUGGGAUGCUCUUGGGGCGUAGCCCCUCUGCGGAUUUGUCCCACUGAUGGGCCAGACGCCUACAGCUGGUUGAGGUCUGACGGUGAGUGUGGCACGGCAGAUGAGCCAAGCACGGGAAAGAAGGCCGUUUCACCGCCGCGUCGACGAUGUGCAUCUGCCAGUGGCAAUGUCAGCU